UACGACCCAUUCAGGCACGAAAACUUGUGUCUGCCUGGAGCCAGAUCAAAGUAAGUUCAGAUAGCUUGCUAAGUUCUAGAGACAGCUGCAGUGGCACACAGUCUUCUUCAUGCUCAUCACCAUCCCCAACAUUUGGCAAGGCUUCCACGGUUGCUUCUGAUUGGGCUGACAAUUUUAAAAUACCAUGGGAGAAGUUGCCAGAAGCAUUGAUGCAAUGUUUAGAAAGGCAGAAAAGACCAACCCCAAGAUUGCGACGAGAUAUGGUGAAAAUUGUCAUGUCCGAAAUGAUGAAGAUAUGCAAGUCUCCAAGUAAGCAAAACUCUACAGCUAUUGCCAAAAAGAUGGUGGCCAAAUACCCUGCAUCCUUGCAGGAUGUUAUUGAUGGUGAUAUAGUUGGUGCAGGAUAUCACUCACUACUUAAGCAGAUCCAGAAUCGUGUAGAAAAUGUGAAAAGGACCAAUGUUCCGAAAAUUCUAAAACGCAGCAGAACAGAAGACUCUGACACAGAGGAGAUUCCUGCUGAAAGAAAGGCAGCGGUUCAAGACACUUAUGGCUGUGUAAAUUGGAAUGUAAAAUUUAUGCCAUUGAAUGAGACCAAAGAGAGCCAGCUGGAAAAACAAGAAAUUAUGAAGAUGAAGUCUAAAGAAACAAAUUUUGAUUUGGAAGAAGUUAGCAACCUCCUGAAAGCAACAUACUACACACAGCGCAGAGACAUAAACAAUGGAGCAAGCAUACACCAGCUUUGUGAGAACUGGCCAUUUCUAUUUCAAGAGGUUGGUAUGUGUACACACUUCAAGCAGCUAACUGGAAUUGAUCUGAAGGAGAUGUUUCUUAAAAGCUUGGAUAAAAAAGGACAGCGGCUCCUGAACUUUCUUAAAACAGUUGGUGCAGAAAAGAAACCAAAAGUUCUGCAGACUGCUGCAAAACUAGAUGUUUUGAGGUGUCAACCUGAAGGAUGCAGUGAGGAUUUAAAAGAUGUGGUGCUUCUUCUGCUUGCCUACUUCGAUGAAAAGGAAGAAGUGAUGUUUCAUUAUGUGGAAGAGUCUUGCCUUGUGGAAGAUGUGGAUGUAGACAACUUACCAGCAACACCCUGCAUCAUUGUCUGUGAAAGAAAAAAAAAAUUUAUUCAGGUUUUGUUUUACUUUGCUGGCACCUCAUGCUACACAUCAAAGCUUUUCAUGCUGAGCAUCGACCAAAAGAUUUCAACUCCGCACAUUUCUACAUUCGUCACAGCAAUUUGCAUGAUGUUUAGCAGUUACUAUUGUUUUAACAUACAUUACCCUUUGGAACUUGGUUCUACUCUGGAAUUCAUACAAAGGUGCUUCUUCAGCAUAAAUCCAGAGAAGGGAACCAAAGUUGAGUCAAGAAAAAACAAAAAACAGCUUCCAGUGAAUCCCAGAGUCCUUACACUCAUAGCAGACCUUGCUGAUCACGAAUGGAGAACAGACUAAGGUUGGACAAAAACGUCUUUGACAAAUGUCUGAGGAUAACCUUGGCAGUGACGAUGCUUUUCAAAUUUAUACUGGAAGAUGCUUUGAAUGUUGAAAAUGACUUGAGAAUGUUAAAAAAUAUACUACUUUGUUCUUAUGGUAUGUUUGUUCUUAUGGUAUGUUUGUUACUAUACCAGUAAUUAUUUAAGUAGUGAGUACUUAAAAUGUCACUUUUGCAUUAAUCGUGACAAACUUUUUUCUCUUUGUAUUUCCUUGAUUAACCUUUUGUUUGUAUACUGUAUUGUAAUUAUGGUAUGUUUUUUACUAUACCAGUAAUUAUUUGAGCAAAAAAAAUACUUAAAAUGUCACUUUUGCAUUAAUAAUUGAAUGUCGCUAUAAUCGCUAAAAUAACUUUUUUUUCUCCUUGUAUUUCCUUGAUUAACCACAUGCCAUUAAGAGCAUAGAAUACUGCCUUCUGGUAAAGACUGUAAUAAUUUUAAAUGUUUAUUCUGGAAUACAUUUUCCUGCUGUUUUAAGGAAAAGAAAAUAGUUGUUAUUGUAUAUGUUUGUGGUAUUAAAAUAAAAGGUAUAUUUUGCUAUAUAUUGCUUUCCUUACCAGUUCUGGGUGUUAUUGAAUAAUUUAUCAACUUAAAUUUUUCUGAUGCUGCCAGUUUUUAUUGUCAAUUUUACAGUUCACUU